UUUUCCCCAGUCAGUUGACAACCCUAUUCGUGUAUGUAUAAGUUCGUCUGGCUAUUUGACAAGCGAUUUUUCACACGUUGCCCGACGAGCUGAGAAAAUUUUAUUCAAGACAAAUUUCCCCGGUUUUCGAGGCGUGCAAGUGGUUUUUAAACAUCUAAAUACUGACCCAGUGAUCUAAAGCAAUUGAGAAUGCCGGAAACAGGCAAGAAAAUAAGCGAGUUGCGCGUGUGCGACUUGAAGGCAGAGUUGGAAAAGCGCAAGCUGGAGACGGUGGGCCCGAAGGCGGCGCUCAUCGACCGCCUGGAAAAGGCAUUAAAAGAGGAGGGCCAUGACCCGGCUACUCACCAGAUUACUGUUGGGGUUAGAGGCAAGAAGCCCCUCCCAAUGCCCAUGAAGGAGCCUCUGGCCGACAUUAAGAUCAAGGAGGAGCCCCUCGACGUCGAGGAGGAGGAGCACACUCAGCAGGGGGAUGACUACGAGAACGGCAGCGACUUUGCCCAUCACGCCGAUGAAGAUGGGCACGAGAUCGACCAGGUGGGCGAUGUUGACGAUGUGUGUGUGAUUCUCGAUGACGAUGAUGAGGAGGACGAAGAGGAAUACGACGAAGAGAAUCAGAAUGGUGAUGGCGAGGGAGAGGCCGAGGCCGAGGGGGAGGCUCAGGAGGAGGCCGAGAACAAUGGCACCGCUGGCAUUCAGGGAGAGGAGGAGAAUACCGGCGAUACCGUCAACAUGGACAACGACGAGUCCAUCAACCUAACAAUUGGUGAGGACGAACAGAAGCUGCUCCACGACGAGGCUCCCGACGACAAGUCUAUUAAAUCGGUUAAACCGGCUGCCAAGUCCAGCUCCAAAGACGCCGAUAAGAAGAGUGACGAGAGCGCGCGCUCCAAGAAAAAGGAUGAGAAAACUUCUGACAAACGAGAUGCCAGCGAUUCAAAAUCUGGAAAAUCUUCGAACCAAAAGGACGACAAAGAAAAAUCAUCGACAGCAGCAGCAGUUGGUGCCUCAUCGAGUGCCACUGGCAGCAAGUCCGGAUCCGGUUCGGGUUCCGGCUCAGGAUCAGGAUCGAACGCAGGCACUGGUGGCGGGGCUGCCUCCAACUCAAGCAACAGCAAUAAGCAGUCGACGCUGUCGCGCAAUCUUUGGGUCUCCGGCCUAUCCACAUUGACGCGGGCCAGCGACCUGAAGGCGAUCUUUUCCAAGUUCGGCAAGGUGAUCGGCGCCAAGGUGGUAACCAACACUCGCACCCCGGGUACCCGGUGCUACGGAUACGUGACAAUGUCCUCCUCUGGGGAUGCCUCUCGUUGCAUCGAUAACUUGCAUCGUACCGAGCUGCACGGACGUAUCAUUUCAGUGGAGCGCACCAAGAACGAGAUUGGCGGAACCUCCAGCACCAAGGAUGGCAAAGGCAAGACCCAAGGGGACUCCUCCAGCAAGAAGAAGGAUGAGAAGUCCAGCAACAGCAAGGGCGCCAGCUCUGGCACCGAUGACAAGAAGGGCGGCGAUGGAAGCAGCGGAGCCGGCGGCGGUGGCGGCGACGACAAGUCCAACAGUGGCGACUCCAAGCGUGAGGGCAAGGGUGAGGGUAGCAACACUAGCAGGGAUCGCAGCAAGCGGGACAAGUCCGCCGUCAGUCAGGACCGGCAGCGCCACGAUCGCGAGCGGUCUGGUCACAAUCGUGUCAACGGGCGUAAUCCCCGUGACGUGGAUCGUGAGAUCCAGCAGCGGCAGCGGGUGCGCGAGCGGCGCCAACGCGAGAUGCUGUCCUACCAGAAGAUCCGGGAGGAACGCGAACGCCAGCGUUUGAGGGAGAGGGAACGGGAACUGCGCGAGGAGGAGCGCAGGCGGCGGGAGGCACGCGAACGCCAGCGCCUUGAGGAGGAACGUCUGGCCGAGGAGCGGCGUAAACUGGCCAUCGAGAGGGAGCGGCUCGAACGGGAGAAGGCCGAGCUGCUGCGCAUGGAACGGGAGCGCCAGAAGCUGGAGCGCGAGAAAAUCGAGCUGGAGCGCCUCGAACUGAAGCGGCAACAGAUGAAGAUUAUGGAGUCCCGUGACGAUACUGGCAAGCGCGGCGUAGCCAAGCGCUCCGACGACCGCUACGGAGACGUAUCUGACCGCAAGCGUACGGCUAUUUUUGAGGCCCCACCGCCACCCAGAUUCGAUGCCAAUCUAGUCAGCUCUCGCAGCACUUACGAUAAGAAGCACGAUGACUACGGUUCGUCGUCGUCUUCGAAGCGCGGCCUGGAUGACUAUUCCAGCUCCAACAAGCGCCUGGACUACGGCAACAAGCGCAACGACUACGGAAGCUCCUCCGGCUCCAAGCGCGGAGCAGUGGACGACUAUUCCAACGUGCCCAAUAAGCGUUCGAGUGGCAACGACUACAGCGGAUCCAGUUCUAAGCACGACUACUCGUCGUCCAGCAAGCGCGAUGACUAUAAGCGGGAGGUGGAGGUUCGUCACCUUCCACUCGCCGGCACCGCCGGUGGCUCCAGCAGCUCCUACCUACACAAGAACAACUCCGGAGGCGGGGCCGGAUCCUACGUCCACAAGAACAACACCAGCGGCGGCGGCGGAGGCGGCAGCGGUGGGCGUUACAACGAGUCGGACCGCGGCAACUCCUCCAACUACAGACGCGACGACACCCACAGCCUGGGAAACAAGCGCUAUGAGAAUUCGAGCAGCGGCGGGGGUGGCUACAGCAGCAACGCAAACAACGUGAAUAUCUGGGCACCGUCCUCCGGCGGCGGCAGUGGCAGCUCCCAUCUCGGCAGCAGCGGCGGCGGCGGCGGUGGCGGCAAUGCAAUGAAGUCUUACGGCAACAACGGCCUAUCCUCGAACAUGCAUAGCAACAACUCGUGGCAGAAGUCCGCCGCCGUCGACGACAACAGCUGGCGUCCGGUGCAGGCUCAAGGUCGCUUCGAUCGCGGUGGCUACAACGAUCGCUCUAGCGGCUACCAGGGCAACAGCGGCACCGGCGGCGCUGGUGGCAUGUACGGAGGUAGCCGGCCCGCGCAAGACCGAUACGGUGGUCAGGUGUCCCGCUACUAGGAGCGUGCAUUUCUCCCCCCUCGCCCCAGCCAAUAAGAACUAUGCAUCGUAACGUAAACAUAAUUGUCUGCCUUCCCCGUCAAGCACCACACCAACCACACUGAUAGACCUUUCCCAAAAAGCGCGUCCAGACGCUACUUUCUAUUUUAGUUCGUUUUAGUUGUAGUUUAAGAUUCUACAAUUACAUUUUGAUCCAAUAAAUGUAUUACUAAUAAUACAAUAUAUGACAAACAUA